AGUCCAGUGGGAGAGUGCGGGUGUCUCAGUCUCCGCCUCUGGGGCUUCGAUUUGGGAACAGCGCCCUCUCAGGGACGGCUGCGAGGACAGAGUUGACCUAUUCGUCACCCUCCCUGCUUUGAAUCGCCUCUCCUUCAGUUGCUGAGGUCAAUUCCCUAGGAAAACAGCAGGAUCUUGAUUGCACCAUCCUACUCAACAGCUUCGCUUGGGUAAGAGAAACACCAAAAGCAGAAAAAUCCAUGCUGAAGGACCCCAGGACCAGCACCAGUUCCUGAGCAUCUUUCCUGGGCUGAGCAGCAGAGACUCCUCAGGAAGACUCACAGGACUGUACCCACCACCUGCCAUGUCUCUGUGGCCAUCUUUCCGAUGUGGAUGGAAGCUGGUGCCAAGGUACUCUAAGAGGACCUCUCCACAGCAACCCCAACAGGACUUUGAGGCCCUGCUGGCAGAGUGCCUGAGGAAUGGCUGCCUCUUUGAAGACACCAGCUUCCCGGCCACCCUGAGCUCCAUCGGCAGUGGCUCCCUGCUGCAGAAGCUGCCACCCCGCCUGCAGUGGAAGAGGCCCCCGGAGCUGCACAGCAAUCCCCAGUUUUAUUUUGCCAAGGCCAAAAGGCUGGAUCUGUGCCAGGGCAUGGUAGGAGACUGCUGGUUCUUGGCUGCUUUGCAAGCUCUGACCUUGCACCAGGACAUCCUGAGCCGGGUUGUUCCCCUGAAUCAGAGUUUCACUGAGAAGUAUGCUGGCAUCUUCCGGUUCUGGGCUCUCUGGUUCCUAUGAAGACUUGCAGUCAGGACAGGUGUCUGAAGCUCUUGUAGACUUCACUGGAGGGGUGACAAUGACCAUCAACCUGGCAGAAGCCCAUGGCAACCUCUGGGACAUCCUCAUCAAAGCCACCUACAACAGAACCCUCAUUGGCUGCCAGACCCGCUCAGGGGAGAAGAUUCUGGAGAAUGGGCUGGUGGAAGGCCAUGCCUAUACUCUCACAGGAAUCAGGAAGGUGACCUGCAAACAUAGACCUGAAUAUCUCGUCAAGCUACGGAACCCCUGGGGAAAGGUGGAAUGGAAAGGAGACUGGAGUGACAGUUCAAGUAAAUGGGAGCUGCUGAGCCCCAAGGAGAAGAUUCUGCUUCUGAGGAAAGACAAUGACGGAGAAUUCUGGAUGACGCUGCAGGACUUUAAAACACAUUUUGUGCUCCUGGUUAUCUGUAAACUGACCCCAGGCCUGUUGAGCCAGGAGGUGGCCCAGAAGUGGACAUACACCAUGCGGGAGGGGAGAUGGGAGAAGCGGAGCACAGCUGGUGGCCAGAGGCAGUUGCUGCAGGACACAUUUUGGAAGAACCCGCAGUUCCUGCUGUCUGUCUGGAGGCCUGAGGAGGGCAGGAGAUCCCUGAGGCCCUGCAGCGUGCUGGUGUCCCUGCUCCAGAAGCCCAGGCACAGGUGCCGCAAGCAGAAGGCUCUCCUCGCCAUUGGCUUCUACAUCUAUAGGAUGAACACGUACCAUGAUGACCAGAGGAGACUGCCCCCCGAGUUCUUCCAGAGAAACACUCCUCUGAGCCAGCCUGAUAGGUUUCUCAGGGAGAAAGAAGUGAGUCAGGAGCUGUAUCUGGAACCAGGGACGUACCUCAUUGUGCCCUACACAUUGGAAGCCCACCAGAAGUCAGAGUUCAUCCUCCGUGUCUUCUCCAGGAAGCACAUCUUUUAUGAAAUUGGCAGCAAUUCUGGUGUUGUAUUCUCGAAGGAGAUAGAAGACCAAAAUGAAAGGCAGAAUGAAUUCUUCACCAAAUUCUUUGAAAAGUAUCCAGAAAUUAAUGCAGUUCAACUGCAGAACCUCCUGAACCAGAUGACCUGGUCAAGUCUGGGGAGCAGACAGCCCUUCUUUAGCCUGGAAGCCUGCCAGGGGAUCCUGGCCUUACUGGACCUUAAUGCAUCGGGUACUAUGAGCAUCCAGGAAUUCAGGGACCUGUGGAAGCAGCUGAAGCUCUCUCAGAAGGUUUUCCACAAGCAAGACCAUGGGUCAGGAUACCUGAACUGGGAGCAGCUGCACGCUGCCAUGAGAGAGGCAGGAAUCAUGCUCAGUGAUGAUGUCUGUCAGCUGAUGCUCAUCCGCUACGGCGGCCCCCGCCUCCAGAUGGACUUUGUCAGCUUCGUCCACUGGAUGCUGCGUGUAGAGAACAUGGAGGAUGUCUUCCAAAACUUAACCCAAGAUGGCAAAGGGAUAUACCUCCAGAAGCCAGAGUGGAUGAUGAUGGCACUGUACUCCUGAGAAGGCUGAGUCUCACCUGCCCUCACUGAAGACUCUGCAUGUGGCCCAAGAGCAGCCUUUGGCUGAGACCAACCCAUGCCCACCCUACUUACUGAUCUUCAGGACCGCCUCACCAGCCGUCACCUUCUCAGCUGGGAAGGUUUCUCUUCUGCAGCUCUCCCCAUGCAUGGCCAGCAUGCAGAAAGAGAAGGGUGGAAGUAAAGAUUGCCUCAGAUUUGUAAAAUCUAGCCAUCCUUCCCUGAGGCCACAACCUUGUCACAAGCGGAGAUGUUACCUGACAUGGCCUAAGCAUUCUGACUCCAGAGCUGGUGUGGUUAGCCUCUAUACAACACUGCCUGUGUGGCUGCAAACUCAAGUGACUUUAGACAUGCCACAUGUUCUCACAUGUGGGGUAAUCAUCUAGGUUUUAAGGUCUGAAAUGGGAAUGAUAUAUCCCUAGACAUUUAGUCCCAGCAUCUGCAAAUUGAUAGAGAUAUAGGCUAAGUUUCAGCUCUUUGGGGAUGGGGUCAGGGAUAUAGUGGGCUUUCAGAAACACAGACAAUAAGAGCAUUGGCAGAGUCCAGUUGGGGUGGGCUGGCUCUGGCAUCUGAGAUCAUGGGGUAGUCUUCUUCUGACAAUAUCUCCGUAUGAUUGGAUUUGGGGGAAUCUAGUAGAUUUAAAACACCUGAGUUCUCAAAGGGCUUCCUUCUUGUGACAGGUGUCAGUCUGUUUGCUUGAUAUAUAGACUAUCAGAUCCAUUUCAAAUCCAUCCAGAAAUUCUCUGUCUACCUACUUCAAAGAACAAGAACAAACCCAUGCUAAAUUAUAGAGUCAAUCAGCGGGUGGUUGGUAUAUCUGAUUUUUUGAACUACCACAAUACACCUUGUUUAUGUCAUCCCUCCCAACCCAGAAUACAGGUGCAAAACCAGAACAAUGGCCUUUUUCCAAAGUCUGUGCAAUUUAUUCAUAAGUUAGCACCUCAGAGCCAUUUAUUACUACAGGUUGAGCAUCCCAAAUCUGAAAACUCCAAAUCUGAAAUACUCCAAAAUCUAAAAUUUCUGAGAGUAGACAUGAAACUCAAAGGAAAUUGGGGCAUUGUUCAUUUUGAAUUUUUGGGUUUGAGGUGUUCAACUAACAAGUCUAUAAUGCAGAUAUCCUGAAAUCUGAAACACUUCUGGUCUCAAGCAUUUUAGUUAAGAGAUACUCAACCUGUAUUCUAUUUAAUCUUAAUUUACAAACAAUUCUAACAAACAUGGCUGUUUUAUUUCCAACUCCAUAGCAGACUCAGGAAGGAAGCUGAAUGAAGAGAUAAAAGUGUGUCCAUUGGCAGAGGACUAAAGGAGAUUUGAGCACCUGUCAGAUGGGUACUGUACCAAAAGAAAGGAGCACUUUGAAAGCAUAGUUUAAGGGGUAGGAAAGUAUAUUAUUUAGGAGAAAAAACCCUUCAUUUAUUCCAAAUGAUAAAAUGUAAAAUGGGUUUCCAUAAAGUGCCAGAUACAGGAGAUAUUGUUGUUUUUAUAAAUGAUGAUCAUGUAUUUAUAGCCUUUUACAGAUUUUUAUAUCCAUCUACUUAUUUGUAUCUUUGCCUUUAAAAUCUGCCAUUGCAAAUAGCUGUUUUAAUAAAACAAUUUUGCCUUGGCACCUGAA